CUCACCUCGGGCCAGGCCAAAUCAAGCUCACCAUUUCCCAUGCAUCCAAACUAACCUCCCCGCGACCGAGCCCAGUGCCUCAGCGCACGCAGGACAUGGCCGGCUCCGGCGGCAUGGAGCUUCCGCCGCUCCGUGACCUAUCGCGACGGGCUGCCUCCUUCCUGCGCAUGGCGCGGCUGGCGCUCACCGGCGCCGCCACUCCGGCACAACUGCUCGCCGGAGAGGAGGUCGUCGUCGACGGCGGCAUCAGCUGCAACCCAUACUACAAGAGCAUCAGCACGGAGGACGACUGGGGAUCUGAACUCUGGCCGGAUCAGGAGGACGAAUCGGAACUGCUCGUGGACGGCGACGAGGACGGGUCAACGACGAGAGGUGGUGGUGGUGGUGCAUCUGAGAGUGUCACUCUGGUCGGAGCCGGAGGAGGCGGCGUCGGUGGCCCGCUGGACAGGAAACCUCAGUUGAGGCACCAGUCCGCAGCACCCGGCGCACACGUGACGUCGUCGGAGCCAUCAUCGUCGGAGCCGUUGAUGACACGCCGCCGAGCCACGAAACGGGUGAAUGAUACCGCCGUGGCGGUUGACCACCCGUUCGGACGCGAUCGUCGAGGCGGCGAGUCGUCGUCGCUGUUGCUUGUUUCUUCCUAGUCCCAUCGAUCUGACACAAGAAAAGUAAGCACCAGAUGGUUGUUGCUUCUCCUUUCUCAGAGCUAGCUCGCUUGAUCGGAGAAGCGAAACAAUAAUGCUUCCUACUAGCCUAGUUUCUUUUCGCAGAAACCCAAAAGUGUUAUGCACGUCAAUACUGUAUCAAUUUCUAGCCGCCACAGGAAAGUAUAGGAUCCAAUUACAUGCACUGUAUCUGAAUCAAUGAAGAAGUCGCUUAUCUA